AUGAGACCUGAAUUACUUUGGGAAAAGCAUAUUUUAGCUUUAAGUGAUGAUAUUCUUGAAGCCCAUAAUAAUACAGACCAGCACAAUAGAGCACUAAAGCACUUGGAAUCUAUUCUACUUAAGCAUAGAAUGAGGCUUGAAAAUUUUCCAAACAUGCCAAUUCCAAUAUUGUUGCUUGAGGAACUAUUUCAACAAAACUAUUUAAUUAUAGAGGAGCUUCAAUAUGAUAUUGAACUUUUCCAGCACAGAGUUAGUGAACUUCACCCACACUUAAACUCAGAACAGCUGACUAUAUAUAAUGCUGUAAUUUUGGCAGUAGAGAACUUGAAUCCCAAAAUAUUCUUCAUAGAUGGCCCAGAUGAUACAGCUACAUUCGGCAUUGUAGUUCUUUUGCUAGAAGAGGGUUGUACAGCCCAUUCUCUUUUUAAAAUACUGAUUGUUCUAAAUGAGGAUUCAACUUCUGAAGAUGCUUCUAAUCCGCAGAAUUUCACAGAUUGGCUUCUGAAAUUGGGUAAAAAUCAUAUCACACAAAUAGCAGAAGGAAGCUGCAUUAUCCUUCCUGAAGAUAUCGUUCUUUCAUCAAACAAUAUAGAAGGCUUGAUCAGCUUUGUUUAUUCUGAUCUUCCAAUCUAUGCUGGAGCCUGUAUAUUUCUUCCCUAUAUCACCCUUACACCUUCCAAUAGUGAUUUACCUUUCAUGCUUAUGUGUUGGCAAUUUCCUAUACAACCUGCUUUUGCGAUGAUCAUCAACAAGGCACAAGGCCAAACUUUAAAUCGAGUGGGCAUUUAUCUGCAAACUCUUGUAUUUUCUCAUGGCCAGCUUUAUGUUGCCUAUUCAAGAAUCACAUUCAAGCAAAAUCUUAAAAUCUUAACUUUAGAUAGGCAUGAGGGAGCAGGUUGUACUAAGAAUAUAGUAUAUUCAGAGGUGUUGCAAUAA